AUGUCCUUGACCUCCUCAAAAGAUAAGGAGGAAGACCAUGCUGAAGAACAUGAAGAUGACUCCUAUGGAGUCCUUACUCCUAUCAGACGAUAUGGCAAGAACAAAGGGUCGGCCCGACUCCAACCUGAUUCAGGACAGGAGGUCCAUCAAUUGAUGAAAAGAGAGAAAGGGAGGUUUUAUCGUUCCCCUCUUUUCUCAAGAUUCAAAAAGAAGAAAAGCCAGAAGCUCCUACGGCAAGUUUCUGCUGGUUCCGGCGGCCAGCUUCAACUGACCCAGAUUGUGAGAAAAGAAAAGCAGAUGGGAGAUUUUCUAGAGAGACCAAACUCGAGAAAAAGGAAGGAAAUGAGAUCUACUGGGCAGAGACAAAUAAGAAGGCAGAAACAAAGAAAAAGGAAGUCCCUUGAAAUCCCAUGGUCUCAAAACUCUCCACACCACUCUCCCUCUACCCCACACUCUGCACAUUACUCUCCCUCUUCCCCUCCUUCCCCAAACUCUCCACAUUACUCUCCCUCUUCCCCUACUUCUUCCCCCCAGUACUCUCUUUCUCCUAACUCUCCAGAAUACUCUCCCUCUUCCCCAUCUCUCCGGAAUACUUUCCCUCUUCUCCCCAAUACUUUCCCUCUUCUCCCCAAUACUCUCCCCCUUCCCCAAACUCGCCACACUACUCUCCCUCUUCCCCUCCUUCUCAUUGUCCCUCUUGCCCUCCUUCACCCCAGUACUCUCUUUCUCCUAACUCUCCAGAAUACUCUCCCUCUUCUCCCCAACACUCUACCUCUUCCCCCAACCUUUCAGAAUACUCUCCCUCUUCUCCCCAAUACUUUCCCUCUUCUCCCCAAUACUCUCCCUCUUCUCCCAACUCUUCGGAAUACUCUCCUUCUUCUCCCCAAUACUUUCCCUCUUCUUCCCAAUACUCUCCCUCUUCCCCCAACAUUCCAGAAUUCUCUCCCUCUUUUCCCCAAUACUCUCCCUCUUCCCCCAACUCUCCAGAAUACUCUCUCUCUUCUCCCGAAUACUUUCCCACUUCUCCCCAAUACUCUUCCUCUUCCCUCAUAUCUCUAGAAUACUCUCGCUCUUCUCCCAAUACUCUCCCUCUUCAC